CGCAGCUGGGUGCCGGUGGGGACAGCGGCGACGCUGUGGGUGGCUGGAUGGGCCACGCGUAGGAAAGAAACCCUGGGGAGCGACUGGGCCGGGGAAGACAGUGACCGGAAGGAAGGGCACUUUGGCUAAGCCUGCCCGGGGAAGUAAGACUUCCACGAAAACCUGAUGCGACCUCUCCCGAUUGCUCCGGGCCGCUUCAUUUCCCAACUGUGUUGUAGACGGAAGCCUCCUGCCUCCCCACAAAGCAAGAUCUGCCUCAUCAUGGCUUGUCCAAGUUCAAAUAUGGCAGACUUUCGGAAGUGUUUUGCAAACGCCAAGCACAUCGCCAUCAUCUCCGGGGCUGGUGUUAGCGCAGAGAGUGGGGUUCCGACUUUCAGAGGAGCUGGGGGUUACUGGAGGAAAUGGCAAGCUCAGGACCUGGCAACCCCUCAGGCCUUCGCUCGAAACCCAUCACAGGUGUGGGAGUUUUACCACUACCGGAGGGAGGUCAUGCGGAGCAAGGAACCCAACCCCGGGCACCUGGCCAUUGCCCAGUGUGAAGCCCGGCUGCGUGACCAGGGCAGACAGGUUGUGGUCAUCACCCAGAACAUCGAUGAGUUGCAUCGCAAGGCUGGUACCAAGAACCUUCUGGAAAUCCAUGGAACCUUAUUUAAAACUCGGUGUACCUCGUGUGGCACUGUUGCCGAGAACUAUAAGAGUCCGAUCUGUCCAGCUUUAGCAGGAAAAGGGGCCCCAGAGCCAGAGACUCAAGACGCCAGAAUCCCAGUUGACAAACUUCCCCGGUGUGAGGAGGCAGGAUGCGGAGGCUUGCUGCGACCUCACGUGGUGUGGUUUGGAGAAAACCUGGAUCCUGCCAUUCUGGAGGAGGUGGACAGAGAGCUUGCCCUCUGUGACCUGUGUCUAGUGGUGGGAACGUCCUCUGUGGUCUACCCGGCUGCCAUGUUUGCCCCUCAGGUGGCUUCCAGAGGAGUCCCGGUGGCCGAGUUUAACAUGGAGACCACCCCAGCCACCGACAGAUUCAGGUUUCAUUUUCCGGGACCCUGUGGGAAAACUCUUCCCGAAGCCCUUGCUCCUCAUGAAACUGAAAGGACUUCUUAAUCGCCCCGUGGAAAGAAGAGAAGAUCCUGUAGUACAGUGUCCUGGAGUGCUGAAGCAGGGCACUAACGGGAGAAGUGGUUGUGUGGAUGGCGAGCUGAACUUUGGAAACAUAUGAAAACACCCUCCAAGCCCCAAGCAGACAAUCUGUUACGUGAUGGGUUUCAAAAUACCAGCAGCAAAUGUGUUUGAUCUGGAAGAGGCUGUCAAGUCCUUCCAUAUUAUUUGAUUUGAACUGAAAUAUGAGUAAUUUGGAUUUGAUAUUUUUUGGUUAGUUACUGGAAGGGAAAAAUUUGUAAUUAAAUUGCUUAAAAAAGGUAAUUAUCCUGAUUGUAUGUUUGCAUCUUGGGCAAAAACAGAAAAAGAGAAUUAAAACCCUGAAAGUUAAACCCUC